CCAACCCAGGCUUUGGCCUGAAGCUCUCAGUCACUCUGUGGAAGGCGACUCCCAAACCCAGGCAGGGGGUGUGGGCCGAGGGUGAAACCCCGCCCUCGGGGUCCCUGAUCUUUGCUCCCGCCCCAGGCUCCACGCCUCCCGGAGAGGCACCGGCGGGCGGCGCUCCUUUUGUGUGUUUCUCUCCAAGGUGCAAGGACCCCCACCCCCUGCCUCUCCAGGCAGUCCUCCCCCAAACUCUAGCCCUCUUCUCGGCAUCCUGAUCCUCCUGCCAGCUGGGGGGAUUGGAUCGUUCCUAGGAGGAGGGACAAGGUCGGCAGCCCCUUCCCCGGUGCGGGGGACCUGAGCCCACUGGAGUCCAGGAGCGCUGCUGCCAGUCAUGUGGGCUGGACUGUUGCUCCGUGUUGCCUGCAUCGUGAUCCUGUUGCUGGGGUCUUCAGCCCGAGGCUACACGGGGAGGAAGGCGCCCGGGCACUACUCGGCAGAGAGACGUCGUCUGGGCCCCCAUGUCUGCCUUUCCGGCUUUGGGAGUGGCUGCUGCCCUGGCUGGGCCCCUUCCAUGGGCAGUGGGCACUGUACCCUACCCCUCUGCUCCUUUGGCUGUGGGAGUGGCAUCUGCAUCGCCCCCAAUGUCUGUUCCUGCCAGGAUGGAGAGCAAGGGGCCACUUGCCCAGAAGCCCAUGGAUCCUGCGGGGAGUAUGGCUGUGAUCUCACCUGUAACCACGGUGGCUGUCAGGAGGUAGCCCGAGUGUGCCCUGUGGGCUUCUUGAUGACUGAGACAGCUGUUGGUAUCAGGUGUGCAGACAUUGACGAGUGUUUAAGCUCAUCUUGUGAGGGCCACUGUGUGAACACGGAAGGUGGUUUCGUGUGCGAGUGUGGGCCAGGCAUGCAGCUGUCCGCUGAUCGUCAUAGCUGCCAAGACACCGAUGAGUGCCUGGGAACUCCCUGCCAGCAGAGAUGUAAGAACAGCAUUGGCAGUUAUAAAUGCUCCUGCCGCGCCGGCUUCCACCUCCACGGCAACAGGCACUCCUGUGUAGAUGUGAACGAGUGUCGGCGACCGCACGAGAGGCGAGCCUGUCACCACGCCUGCCAUAACACUGUGGGCAGCUUCCUGUGCAGCUGCAGACCCGGCUUCAGGCUUCGAGCUGACCGUGUGUCCUGUGAAGCUUUCCCGAAGGCCGUUCUGGCCCCAUCUGCCAUCCUGCAGCCCCGGCCGCACCCUGCUAAGAUGUCCCUACUCCUUCCGGAGGCAGGCCGGCCUGCCUUGUCCCCAGGACACAGCCCACCCCCAGGGGCCCCAGGAUACCCCACUGGAGUCAGAACAACCCAUCAGCCAUCUACCCCCAUGGCCCUACCCACAUUCUUUCCCACACAGUUGCUAUCCACCCCAGGGCCAAGUUCCUCCCUCCUGGGGACCCUCGGACCCCCCUCACUCCUCCAGGGGGAGGCAGUAGGAACCCCUUCCUCACCUAGGGGCCCGGAAGGCGCAAGGCUGGGAACAGGGCUCUCCUCCUGCCGGCACCAGGGAGCCACAUAUGAAUCAGGGAGCCACUGGAGCCAACCUGGCUGUUCUCAGUGCUUGUGCCAGGAUGGAGAGGUGACCUGUGGAAAAGUGAGAUGCAACACCACCUGUUCCCAUCCGAUCCCCCCCAGAGAUGGGGGAUGCUGCCCCUCUUGCACGGGCUGCUUUCACAGUGGUGCCAUCCGGGAAGAAGGGGAAGUGUUUUCACCUCCUGAGGAGAACUGCACUGUGUGUGUCUGUCUGGCUGGAAAUGUGUCUUGUAUCUCCCCGGAGUGUCCGCCUGGUCCCUGCAAGACUCCCCCACAGUCAGAUUGCUGUACUUGUGUCCCAGGGAGAUGCUUUUUCCACGGCCGAUGGUAUACGGACGGGGCUGUGUUCAGUGGAGGUGGUGACGACUGUACUACCUGUGUCUGCCAGAACGGGGAGGUAGAGUGCUCCUUUACCCCGUGUCCAGAACUGGAGUGCCCUCGGGAGGAGUGGUGGCUGGGCCCAGGACAGUGCUGCUUUACCUGUUGGGAGCCUCCACCCAGCACAGGCUGCUCUCUAGAUGACAACGGGGUUGAGUUUCCAAUUGGACAGAUCUGGUCGCCUGGUGAUCCCUGUGAGUUAUGCAUCUGCCAGGCAAAUGGCUCUGUGAGCUGCCACAGGACAGACUGCGUGGACUCUUGCCCUCACCCCAUCCGGAUUCCUGGACAGUGCUGUCCUGACUGUUCAGCAGGCUGCACCUACACAGGUAGAAUCUUCUACAACAACGAGACCUUCCCAUCAGUGCUGGACCCCUGUCUGAGCUGCAUCUGUCUGCUGGGCUCGGUGGCCUGUUCACCUGUGGACUGUCCCAUCACCUGUACCUACCCCUUCCACCCGGAUGGCGAGUGCUGCCCUGUGUGCCAUGACUGUAACUUUGAAGGGAGAAAGGUAGUGAAUGGUCAGGUGUUCACCUUGGAUGACGAGCCCUGUACCCGGUGCAUCUGCCAGCUGGGAGAGGUGAGCUGCGAAAAGGUCCCUUGCCAGCCGGUCUGUACUGAUCCCUCCUGCCCAGAUUCCCUCUUUCCUCCAAGAGAAAGGCAGCAACCCUCCCCUCAUGGAGACCUUGGCAAAGAUGCUCGGAGCCUCCGUGGAGACAGGAGUCCUGCCAACUGUAGCUCCUGCCCAGGGCCUCCAUCAGCAUCACCUGCAAGGCCCACAUUCCAGCUCCUGCAGCUGCUUUUGAGAGCAAACCUGUCCGAUGUGCAGACUGUAUUCCCAGGCCCACCAGUAGCCCACACCUCCUCCUCACCUCCGCUGGAGUCAGAGGGUACAUUUCUAGGGGAACCUGGAGCCUCGCCUCCUGAGCCCUCAGCAGGGUCUUCGGUCUCUCCUGGGUCCUCUACUCUACCUCCAGCCUUUCCAGGGACUCCUUGGUCACCUGCCACUCCAGAGAGCUCUUCCUCAACCUUUGGGGGGGCAUUCCGGUGGCCUCUGUCUGCCACCCACUUGACUGAGGCAGAAGUACCUUCGACAACGACGACGACGACGACGACGACGACUGGUCCUGACCUCUCAGAGACCCUCAGCACACCCUUGAAGCCUCAAAGACUAUCUGCAGCUCUCCUGGACACCCCCAACCCUGGUCCCCAACAGCCCACAACAGACAUCUCAAAGAAGGAAGAGUCUACCAUCUGAGUGGAUCACCAUGCCUGGGACAUACCAGACAGAGCUCUCUGCCAGUGGCCUAGUAGGUGUGUGUGUGACCCCAGGGGUAACCCAGUGGGGGUCUCAGAGAAGACCUUGGAGUAAGAUGGUCUGUCAAGGAGAGAGGCAGUGGAAGAAACAGCCGAAACAUCCCUUGACUCUGGACUUCUAGCCUCCAGAAUUGUGAGAACCUAAGUUUCUGUUUAGCCUCCAUCCUUGACUGUGGUAUUGGUUACAGUGGCCCUGGUACAGUACGUCGGCACUGCCCACUCUCGCUUGGGCAGAGCCGUGCCUGGUGUGAUCCUGUCGCCGCGCACUCUUGAAUGUUUUGGGGGUGUCUAUAAUCUCUGUCAUGCUUUGUUUUCAACACUGAUUUCAUGUAACGUUCAUUUCGAGAUGUGUUCAGAACAUGUGUUAUGUCCCCAUUUCUAUUUUAAACACUGAGCUGCUAAAUCUCUCUCCUCAUGAGUUCACAGUCCAGGGCAGGGGACAGCUGCUCAGAAGAUAAGUGCACUUUAGAGUGUGAAAUGGGAAGGUUGGAGGCCAGUAAACUCUGUGUGUGUGUGUGUGUGUGUGUGUGUGUGUCACACACGGUGAGAGGAGGCCAGAGCUUGCUGCUCCCUACUGUUUCCCAUGUAGCUCAUACUCACCACUUUUACAGUUGAGGCUGCCUUCCCAUUUUUAAUUCCCUGCUUUUAGAAUCUGGGUGGGUGUGGGGGUUGCUUCCAACUUCCCCCUGUUAUAUGUAGAUUCCCUGGGAAAAUCAUUACAGUCAACAAAUAAUUUAUAGCAAAUAAACAAAUGUAUUUGUCGCA